UCCUGUCCAUCUUCUCUUCUCUUGUAAUUCUCUGUCCCCUUGGCUUUCGCCUCUACAUCCCUGUCCAUUUGCCAUUGGAUCACUAAAUAUCUGCUUCAGUCUUCUCCGCAUACAACACAUCAAAAACACACACAAUGGCUACAAAAGAUCUGCCUACUCAUCUGUCCUCAAACACGGGGUUCGGCAAGCACCAUGGCAAGACUCAAUCUCAUAUGGCAUUCGAAAAUGCUUCCACCAGUGUUGCCGCCUCCCAGAUGCGUAAUGCCCUGAACGCUCUCGCUGAGACUGUCCCCGAUCCUAACGAGCGCAAACGAUUCGAGGCCGAGAUGGACAACUUCUUUGCUCUUUUCCGCAGAUUCCUUAAUGAUAAGGCCAAGGGUAACGUCGUCAAUUGGGACCGUAUCGCCCCUCCCCAGCCCUCACAGGUCGUCAACUAUGACGACAUUGGCAAGGAAUCGUCUGUCGAGUUCCUUAACAAGCUCGCUGUCGUCAAGCUCAACGGUGGUCUCGGUACCUCCAUGGGUUGCGUCGGUCCCAAGUCCGUCAUCGAGGUCCGUGAGGGCAUGUCCUUCCUGGAUCUGUCCGUCCGUCAGAUCGAGCACUUGAACCGCACUUACAAUGUCAACGUCCCCUUUGUCUUGAUGAACUCGUUCAACACCGACCAGGACACACAAUCCAUCAUCAAGAAGUACCAGGGCCACAACGUCGACAUCAUUACCUUCAACCAGUCUCGGUACCCCAGAAUCAUCAAGGACUCGCUUCUGCCUGCGCCCAAGUCCUUCGAUGCUCCUCUGCAGGACUGGUACCCCCCUGGUCACGGUGACGUCUUUGAAUCACUGUACAACUCCGGCACCCUCGACAAGCUCUUGGAGCGCGGCGUCGAAUAUAUUUUCCUGUCCAACGCCGACAACCUGGGCGCUGUUGUUGAUACCCGCAUCCUGCAGCACAUGAUCGACACCAAGGCUGAAUAUAUCAUGGAAUUGACCGACAAGACCAAGGCCGAUGUCAAGGGUGGUACUAUCAUCGACUAUGAGGGCAAGGUCCGUCUCCUUGAAAUCGCCCAGGUGCCCAAGGAGCACGUCAACGAGUUCAAGUCCAUCAAGAAGUUCAAGUACUUCAACACUAAUAACAUCUGGAUGAACCUUCGCGCCAUUAAGCGUGUUGUCGAGGAGAACGAGCUCGAAAUGGAGAUUAUUGCCAACGAGAAGUCCAUCCCUGCAGACAAGAAGGGUGAGGCCGACCAGGCCAUCUACCAGCUUGAGACUGCUGUUGGUGCCGCCAUCCGUCACUUCAAGAACGCCCACGGUGUCAACGUUCCCCGUCGCCGCUUCCUUCCCGUCAAGACUUGCUCCGACUUGCUGCUGGUCAAGUCCGACCUCUACCGCCUCGAGCACGGUCAGCUCGUCAUGGACCCUAACCGAUUUGGCGGUGUCCCCGUCAUCAAGCUCGGCUCAGACUUCAAGAAGGUUUCUGACUUCCAGAAGCGCAUUCCCAGCAUUCCCCGUAUCGUGGAGCUGGACCAUCUCACCAUCACUGGAGCCGUCAAUCUGGGCCGCAACGUGACCCUGAAAGGUACGGUAAUCAUUGUAGCUACAGAAGGCAGCACGAUCGACAUUCCCCCAGGUUCUGUACUGGAAAACUGUGUUGUACAGGGCAGUCUUCGCAUUCUCGAGCAUUAAUUGGCCACUGAAGCCAAAAUGUAUCUAGCUUUUUAAUUACCAAUUACCUAUUACCUUCUCAACCUGUCGAAGUGAUGCUAUGGCAUACAUAAUGAUUAGCUCAUGUGGAUCAGUUAAAUUAGUAACAAUU